AAAAAAUGACUCGUGAUGAUUGUUGGAACCUCCUUCCUGCUUUCUUGGAGCAGACGACAUAGUUUAGACCAUAUGGAGACCCGUAGCCAACAAAUGGAGACCAAUGCGAUGACCCUGACGCGCUGGGUGCUGCAGGAGCAGCGGAAGCACCCGGCGGCGACCGGCGAUCUUACCCAGCUUCUCAACGCGAUCUGCACGGCCAUCAAAGCCAUAAGCACCGCCGUCAGGAAGGCGGGAAUCGCCAAACUGUAUGGCAUCUCGGGUGACGUGAACGUGACAGGAGAUGAGCAGAAGAAACUUGACGUCCUGUCUGACGACCUGUUUGUCAACAUGAUGAAGGCAUCCUUUAUGACCUGUGUUCUGGUCACAGAGGAGCGGCCUAACGCCAUAAUUGUGGAACCAGAGAAUCAGGGCAAAUACAUCGUUUGCUUUGAUCCUCUUGAUGGGUCGUCUAACAUCGACUGUCUGGGCUCAAUAGGAUCCAUUUUUGCCAUCUACAGAAAGGAUUCAGAAGGUGAACCCACAACACAAGAUGCUCUCCAGCCUGGCAACAGGAUUGUUGCAUCAGGGUACGCCCUGUACGGCAGUGCAACCAUGAUCGUCCUGGCCAUCGGACAUAACAGUGGCGUUCAUGGGUUCAUGUUAGAUCCUUCCAUUGGAGAGUUCAUUCUGUCUGAACCCAACAUUCGCAUCAAACCCCGGCAUGAGAUCUACAGCAUCAACGAGGGCUACACACAGUACUGGGACGAGGCAAUCAAGGAGUACGUCCAGAAGAAGAAGUUUCCAGAGACUGGGAAGCCUUAUGGAUCACGUUACAUUGGUUCAAUGGUGGCUGACGUUCACCGAACUCUUGUUUACGGAGGAAUCUUCAUGUACCCUGCACACAAGAAGGCACCAAAGGGCAAGCUCCGUCUGAUGUAUGAAUGCAAUCCCAUGGCAUUCAUCAUCGAGCAGGCAGGAGGCAUCGCUACAACUGGGGAGGGACGUGUUCUGGACGUGGUUCCCACUGACAUCCACCAGCGCUGUCCUGUGUUCCUGGGGUCACCAGAGGACAUCAAGGAACUUCUACAGAUCAUGGAGAAGCACAAGAAGUGAGGAGAAGUACCACAGCAAGGGAACAUCUGGAUGUGUUGUUGAACAAAGAUUAUCGCAUAGCUAUGGAGCAAGCCUAAGUGUACUGAAUCUUGUGUUGUAGGAAUGACAAAAUCUACAUCCAUUUUUUUCCUGAAAAUUGUUGCUGCGUGUAUGUGUUGAAGACGUGAUGCACUUACAUUUUUAUUAUGUGACUCAUGGCAAUAAUAUGUGAAAUGAAUACUGUUCUUUUUGAAGGGAUGCAUGGGGAAGUGUUGAAUGAUAUUUAAGUUAGGUCAUUGAUGAAAUAGAAUAUAUUUUUCUCAUCUCCUUCACUCUAAUGCUAUGAUUGUAAUCUAAUGUCAAUAUUGUUACUGACAUGUAAUGUUACAUGUCUAUGUAGUAUUCUUUACAGUUAUGUAAUUUUGGAUUUUCUGCUUUUACUAUUAUUGUAGUAGCUUUCACAAAGACCAUAAGAAUUUUCCUCAGAAUGGAACUUGAUAAUUUGCUAAUUGCUUACCUUUUUUUAGUAAACACAUGUGGUGUAUGGGAUGGCAUGCUCUACAUGUUACACAGUGCCUCUUGUUAGAAAUAGGAUGAAAAGGUUUCUAGUGGAAAACCUGUAUAUGAACUGACCAUGGAAGGCAAGCAUUCCAUUCAGAGGUAGUGCUAAGGUGAUGUGAUACUGCUGCUGCUGUAGUCAAUUAUGCAAAAUGUUAAAAUCCUAGAUGAAAGGGAAAGUUGAUGGUAACAGAUUUUAGGUAAUUGGUGCUCACUGUUCAAGCCUUAUUAUUGUGACUGUUGUCAAUGAAUAUUGCUGUAUGCAGCUAUGAGACACAGAGUGACUGGAUUCUGUUUUAUUUGCUUCCAGUGGAUGUAAGAAGGUGGAAAACAUGGAAAUAAAAGUAGUUUGUAAAAGA